UGUUGCAGAAAGCACUUGAAUAAUCGUGUGUGGAUAUUUGGUGGGUAUAAAUAUUUGACAGGUCUCCUGGGGUGGAGUUUCAGACCCUGCUUUUGAACAUUCCCCUAAAGCCAGCUGCCGAGAAACCUUCUUGCACUGGUGCCAGGAUUGUCCCACUGGAGUUUGAACAGCUGUCGUGCGGAGUUUAUAUUUCAGCUCCGGUAGACUCCUCUGAAGACGGGCGAUAUGGAUCAUCGCACGACCACCUUGGAGGCAGAUAAGAUCCACCAGAACCGCCUGUCGAAUGUUACGGAUGACGACGAAGAGCAAGAUGCCGCCUUUACCAUUGUUAAGGUCUUGGACAAGGUGGCCACCAUUGUGAACAGCGUUCAGGCGAGCCAGAAACGCAUCGAAGAGAGGCACCGGGAAAUGGAGGAUGCCAUCAAGACGAUUCAGAUUGACCUUCUGAAGCUUGCUCAGGCUCAUGGCGGCACUGCCUACACUGUCAACAAGCUGCUGGAGAAAACCCGCAAAGUGAAUGCGCGCGUCAAGGAAGUGAGAGCACGGGUGGAAAAGCAGAGUGCCAACGUGCAGAAGGUCGAGGCCAAACAAGAGGAAAUGUUGAGGAAGAACAAGUUUCGUGUUGUCAUUUACCAGGAGGACAUUAAGUGUCCAUCUUCUGUAUCCGUCAUCAAUGACCAGACACAAGGAGAAGACUUAGAAGAUGCCUUCUGCCCACCUGAUGACCUUUCCUCCGAUGAGGAGUAUUACAUGGAAGAGAGCAAAGCAUCCCGCUUUAAGAAAUCAGGCAUACGCCGCAUCAACAAUAUCAAAAAGGCCUUUUCGAGAGAGAACCUCCAGAAGACGAGGCAAAAUUUUGGCAAGAAGGUCGACAGGCUUCGCACUAGAAUCGUAACCCCAGAGAGGAGAGAGCGAAUAAGGCAGUCAGGAGAGAGGUUGAGGCAAACUGGGAUACGGUUCAAGAAAAACAUAUCAAAUGCAGCACCAACCAAGGAGACAUUUAGGAAGCACAAGAAAACCAAGGAGCAAGCAGAGGCCGAAAGUCCAGAAGAGAUCCAAGAGUCUGCUGUUGAUACAGCUGACACCGCAGUUGAAAGUGGAGAUACUGAACCAGUUAGUGAAGAAAUUUCCUAUACUGAAGUGAUCACUAAAGUGAAGAAAAACAAAGGUAAUGGAUCCAAAGCUCCUCAAGUGGACAACAAGAUCGUGAUGACCCCUGAGAAGGUUGUACUCAAGCCAGAGGUCAAACUGAUGACAUCUGAAACAAUCAUGCUCAAACCGGAGGUAAAAGUUACGCCUGGAAAGAUCACACUGAAGCCACAGGCAAGAGAAGAGGAGGACGUUCUUCUACUAGAUUUAAAGCAAUCAAUUUGAAUGACUAAAAUGUAUCCGCUGUGGUGGUGUCACCAUGACAAGGAAGAAAGAAAUCCUUGAAUAUGGCAGGUGUACAACAGCGAUUUUGAAACUUCCCUCAUGGAUCCCUAUCAUUUUUUCUGUCUUCCGAGCAAACCUUAAACCUCAUCCACACAUUG